UAUUUCUUAUUGCUACAGGACAUCUUAUGAUUCCUGAUAAUACCGAUGGAGAAUUGUACAGAAAUGACAAAGUUCAUACUUCUAGGACUAACUAAUGCCCCAGAACUACAGGUCCCCCUCUUUAUCUUGUUCACCUUUGUCUACCUCCUCACUCUGUGUGGGAACGUGGGGAUGAUGAUGCUGAUCCUGAUGGACUCUUAUCUCCACACCCCCAUGUACUUUUUCCUUAGUAACCUGUCUCUGGUGGAUUUUGGAUACUCCUUAACUGUCACUCCCAAGGUCAUGGCUGGGUUCCUUAGAGGAGACAAGGUCAUCUCCUACAAUGCAUGUGCUGUUCAGAUGUUCUUCUUUGUAGCCUUGGCCACUGUGGAAAAUUACUUGUUGGCCUCAAUGGCCUAUGACCGCUAUGCAGCAGUGUGCAAACCCCUACACUACACCACCACCAUGACGGCCAGUGUAUGUGCUCGUCUGGCCCUAGGCUCAUAUGUCUGUGGCUUCCUAAAUGCCUCAUUCCACAUUGGGGGCAUAUUCAGUCUCUCUUUCUGUAAGUCCAAUGAAGUCCAUCACUUUUUCUGUGAUGUUCCAGCAGUCAUGGCUCUGUCUUGCUCUGAUAGACACAUUAGUGAGGCGAUUCUGGUUUUUAUGUCAAGCUUUAAUAUCUUUUUUGCUCUUCUAGUUAUCUUUAUCUCCUACUUGUUCAUAUUCAUCACCAUCUUGAAGAGGCAUUCAGCUAAGGGACACCAAAAAGCAUUAUCCACCUGUGCCUCUCAUUUCACUGCAGUCUCCAUCUUCUAUGGGACAGUCAUCUUCAUGUACUUGCAGCCCAGCUCCAGCCACUCCAUGGACACAGACAAAAUAGCAUCCGUGUUCUACGCUAUGAUCAUCCCCAUGCUGAACCCUGUGGUCUACAGCCUUAGGAACAGAGAAGUCAAGAAUGCAUUCAAGAAAGUGUUGAGAAGGCAAAAAUUUCUAUAAGAUUGGAAUUUUAACACUGUUGUAUAUACAAAAAUGUUUCACUCAUCUCAGACCUUCC